AUGUCUUCACCGGCAUCCAACAGAAGAAGUCAACCUUCAAGGAAAUCGACUACAUCACCAACGUCAUCUAGGGCUCAAGAGCCCCCUAGUAGCCCAACAAACCAAGCUACUCCCCGCGUCACCCGACGUCUGGCCGCAGAUAGAAAUGUCCCAUCAUCAUCUCCAAUGUUCUUUCAGUCCUCGCCAACACGAGGCAGUCAAGGCGCAGAGACUCCCGAUGUCCGUAUGGAGGAGGCCAGCUCAGUGGUAGAUGACGGAGAGAGGACACCCCGGGCGAGGGGAGGAAUCCGAGACUCAUCGCCCAUCAACUAUAUUCCCAGCUCUAGCCCUACCAGAGGCUUCAAUCGCAGAGAUAUCCGCUCUGAUAUUAGGUCCGAUAUCCGCUCUGAUAUUCGCUCCGACGCUCUUAGCGUAGGCAGCGGGCUAUUUGUAUCGCCUGGUGGACCUCGUGGCUCUCGUCGCAGUGAUAUCCACUCUGGUGGGUUCGGGGCGACUCCCUCACGCAGAAACCGAAUCUUUGUGGGCGCCAAUGGAAUUCCCUCGGGUGAUAAUGUCGCCCGCUCUGACGCUACCUUUUCGAACGUUAACCCGGGUACCUCUGAAGCGGAUCUUAUGGCUGGCAACUCUUCGCGUGUUAUCUGGGGAACCAACAUCUCCAUCCAGGAUUCUAUGUCCGCUUUCAAGAACUUCUUGUACAAUUUCACUUUAAAAUAUCGCCUCUGGGCUGAUGGUGCUACGGAGAAUGAGACUCGAGUUAUGGGUGCUGUCGCUGACAAGCGCGAGUACAUACAGAUGUUGAACGAUAUGCGACGCCUCGGUAUGACGACUUUCAACUUGGAUGCUAAGAACCUGAAGGCAUACCCCUUGACCAAGAAGUUAUGGCACCAACUGCAGGCAUACCCUCAAGAAAUUAUUCCCUUGAUGGAUCAGACUGUAAAGGAUGUCAUGGUAGAUCUGGCCCUCAAAGAGAUGGAUGUCUUGCGUUCGGAGAACCAGCGUGGUGCUCAGGCCCGGGACCGUCGCGGUCAAUCCAUCCUCACAUCCGAUAACAUCAUGCCUCAAGUGGAUGUCCCUGAUCUGGUCGGUGAGGUUGAAGCAAUGUCUUACAAAGUGCUUCCCUUUGGCCUUGAUAAAACGGUCAAUAUGAGAGAUCUUGACCCAGCUGAUAUGGACAAGCUGGUCAGCAUCAAGGGUUUGGUCAUUCGUACCACUCCCGUUAUUCCAGAUAUGAAGGAAGGCAAGUUGAUGUCCUUCUUCCGAUGCAACGUUUGCAACUCUGGUGUUCAGGUCGAUAUUGACCGAGGCCGCAUCCAGGAACCCACUAUCUGCACUCGAGACUCGUGUAAAUCGAAGAACUCGAUGCAGCUUCUCCACAAUCGCUGCUCGUUCUCAGAUAAGCAGGUCAUCAAGCUCCAAGAGACUCCCGACAACGUUCCAGAUGGUCAGACUCCUCACUCUGUGUCGCUUUGUGUCUACGAUGAGUUAGUCGAUAUUUGCAAGGCUGGUGAUCGUAUCGAAGUGACCGGUAUCUUCCGGUCCAACCCUAUGCGUGUCAACCCACGUCAGCGCUCGCAGAAGGCCCUGUUCAAGACAUACAUUGAUGUGCUUCAUGUUCAAAAGGUCGACCGCAAGAAGAUGGGCAUUGACGUGUCAACGGUGGAGCAAGAUAUGUCUGAGCAAGCGGCCGACGCAGAUCAGACUCGGAAGAUUUCAGCUGAAGAAGAGGAAAAGAUCAAGCUGACUGCCUCUCGACCGGAUAUCUAUGAACUGCUCUCCCGAUCACUGGCCCCUAGUAUCUACGAACUGGACGACGUCAAGAAAGGUAUCUUGCUUCAAAUGUUUGGAGGUACGAACAAGACCUUCCAAAAGGGUGGAAACCCUCGUUACCGUGGAGACAUCAAUAUUCUCCUUUGUGGUGACCCCUCAACUGCCAAGUCGCAAAUGCUACGUUACGUCCACAAGAUUGCCCCCCGUGGUGUUUAUACCAGUGGUAAGGGAUCAUCUGCUGUCGGUCUGACAGCCUACGUGACUCGUGACCCCGAAACCCGCCAGAUGGUUCUGGAGUCUGGCGCUUUGGUCCUUUCCGAUGGCGGUACUUGCUGUAUUGAUGAGUUUGACAAGAUGAACGAAGCCACUCGUUCUGUCCUUCACGAAGUGAUGGAGCAGCAGACUGUCUCAAUUGCAAAGGCUGGUAUCAUUACUACCCUCAACGCCCGAACAUCUAUUCUGGCAUCCGCCAAUCCCAUCGGAAGUCGAUACAACCCCAAGCUCCCCGUUCCUCAGAACAUUGAUCUUCCCCCAACCCUUCUCUCUCGUUUUGACCUUGUGUACCUGGUUCUUGAUCGUGCAGAUGAGACUGAGGAUCGUCGCAUGGCCAAACACUUGGUCGGCAUGUAUCUGGAGGAUAACCCAGAGAACGCUAGCUCUGAAGAGAUCUUGCCUAUUGAGUUCUUGACUGCGUACAUCACGUAUGCCAAGACCCGCAUCCACCCUGUCCUGACACCAGCAGCUGGCGAGGCACUCACCGAGGCCUACGUGGCCAUGCGUAAAUUGGGUGAUGACAUCCGAGCCUCAGAACGCCGUAUCACUGCAACCACUCGACAACUGGAGUCUAUGAUCCGUUUGUCAGAGGCACACGCCCGAAUGCGCCUCUCCUCGGAAGUGACAGCUGAUGACGUCGAAGAAGCCGUGCGUUUGAUUCGCUCGGCCAUCAAGCAAGCUGCAACAGAUGCGCGCACCGGAUUGAUUGACAUGGGUCUUCUCACAGAAGGCACCAGUGCUAGCGAGCGUCGUCUCCGUGAAGACCUGAAGCGUGCCAUUCUUGCCCGAGUGGAGGAUCUUGGCGGUGCUAAUGGAGCAGCGGUAAAAUGGGCUGAUCUCUAUCGCCAAUUGAGCGAGCAGAGCGAUCAGCUGGACCACCACCAGUUUUCAGAUGCUAUGCGCGCUCUGGAGGGCGAGGGUGCUCUCCAUGUGCUAGGCGAGGGACCACGGCGCACUGUCCGUCGGGCAGCGAUCGGUAUGUCCUGA